AUGCACAAUAAUGCGCCCAUGUAUUACCUGGAAAAGCCGUUGGCCAGGUCAAACACGUCGUCGACUACGUCCUCCUCAAUGUCGGAACGCACGCGCUCGACCCCUCUCUCGAGGAUGCUGUUGUCGGGAGAAGUGAGCGGCGACGCCCCGCGGGACCUCACGAUGAAAGAAAAGUUCGAGAGAUGGAUGGUCAACGAAGGAUCGAGAAGGAUGGUCGUGGGAGUGUUCGUGCUGGUUCACGGACUGAUAUUCGCCUUUGGAUUUAUGAACUACCAGCUGAAGGACAACUUGACCGGUGCCCGGAGCAUCUUUGGCCUGACAUAUCCAAUCGCCCGUUCGGCGGCGCUGGUGUUGCACUUUGACAUCGCCCUGAUCCUCUUCCCGGUCUGUCGGACACUGAUAUCGUUGCUGCGCCAGACCCCGCUCAACAGCAUCGUGCCCUUCGACAAGAACCUGACGUUCCACAAGCUCGUGGCCUACUCGAUCGUCUUCUUCACCUGGGUGCACACCAUUGCGCAUUGGAACAACUUCGGGCAACUCGCGGCCAAACAGAAGCUGGGCUUUGUUGGCUUCCUGAAAAUCAACUUUGUCACGGGGCCCGGCUGGUCCGGUUACGUGAUGCUGUUCGCCUUGAUGGCGAUGCUUUUCACCUCGAUGGAGAAGCCGCGCCGGGCCAACUACGAGCGCUUCUGGUCCGUCCACCACCUGUUCAUCGUGUUCUUUGUCUUCUGGUCCGUCCACGGGGCUUUCUGCAUGAUCAAGUCCGACACCGCGCCUUUCUGCUUCGGCACCGGCGUUUUCUGGGAGUACUGGAUGUACGGCGGCUUUGCCUAUCUGUUGGAGAGAGUGCUUCGCGAAAUCCGCGGUCGACACAAGACGUUUGUGACCAAGGUGAUUCAACAUCCUAGCAACGUCGUCGAGAUCCAGAUCCACAAGGAGAAGACAAAGACCCGGGCCGGCCAGUACAUCUUCCUGUGCUGCCCCGAGGUCUCCAUUUGGCAAUACCACCCCUUCACGCUGACGUCGGCGCCCGAGGAGGACUUCAUUUCGGUCCAUGUUCGCAUGGUGGGCAACUUCACCAAGGCCUUGGGCAAGGCCCUCGGGUGUGAUGACAGCAAGGCCAAGGGCGAAGGCGGUCGCGACACCAAGAAGCAGCGCUCCGAGGUUGUGUCGAUGGCUCCUGGCGGCCUCACGAAGCUUCUGCCCCGAGUAUAUGUGGACGGCCCGUUUGGGUCCGCGUCGGAAGACGUUUUCAAAUUCGAGACGGCAGUGCUCGUUGGGGCGGGCAUAGGAGUCACUCCCUUCGCCAGCAUUCUCAAAUCCAUCUGGUACCGCAUGAGCACGGGCAACGGCGGCAAGACGCGACUGCGCAAGGUGUAUUUCUUCUGGGUCUGUCGAGACUUUGGCUCUUUGGAGUGGUUCAAAAGUCUCCUGACGGCGAUCGAGGCCCAGGACAAGCAACAUGCCAUUGAAAUCCACGCUUAUCUCACCGCCAAAAUCUCCGCGGCGGACGCCAACAACAUCAUGCUCAACUCGACCGACACGGACGCCAUCACGGGUCUACGGACGCCGACCAACUUCGGCCGGCCAAACUGGGACAUGGUCUUCCGCGCCAUUCGCAAGCUCCACUCACCUGGGGAGGCCGGCGUGUUCUUCUGUGGACCCAAGGGUCUCGGGUCGCAGUUACACGUCAAAUGCAACAUGUACAGCGAAGGCAACAAAGGCUUCCGAUUUGUUUGGGGCAAGGAGAACUUUUAG